AUGGGCUGGACUUUUGGCCCAUUGUCGGCGGCCUCUAUGGUCCGUACAAACAGAUGCUUUUGCUCCCAGGAGCGUCUCGAUACUCUCGCGAGGCAUCGAAAUGACCUAGGACUUCCACCUGGGUAUGACGGAGCAUGCAGGGAAAUAUCGCCAGAAGAGGCUGAGGAUCGAGCGCACAAUGGCGAGCCAAAUGUUGUCCGUUUGCGUGUGACCGGACCAUUUCCUAUUUUCACGGAUCUCGUGUUUGGGAAAAUUGGUCAGAAUCAGACUGCGGGCGCUGGCCGGCUUAGCAGUCAGCAGAGCGACCCUAUUUUACUCAAAUCGGAUGGCUAUCCAACCUACCAUCUAGCCAAUGUGGUCGACGACCACUAUAUGAAAAUAUCGCAUGUUAUCCGGGGCACGGAAUGGAUGGCUUCGACCCCUUUACAUGUUGCGUUGUAUAAUGCUUUUGGGUGGGAGCCACCGGCAUUUGGGCACGUCCCACUCCUGACCGAGAAAAGUGGGCAAAAACUUAGCAAGCGUAAUGUCGACAUCGACAUCUCAUUCUUCAGAGAUAAAGAGGAAGUUUUCCCUGAAGCUCUGAACAAUUUCGCUGCGUUGCUAGGCUGGUCACAUUCUCGAAAGUCUGACAUUUUCAGUUUGAAGGAUCUGGAGCAAAUCUUCGAUCUCAAACUCACCAAAGGAAACACCGUCGUUUCCUUCGAAAAGUUGUGGUUCCUUCAAAGUGCACAUGCGCAGCGAUAUGCGGCCGAAGGAGGGCCCGAAGCCAAGUCCAUGGUCGAUAGAAUAGAAAAAGCUGUGAGAGCACAGUUCACAGACGAACAACUCCAUACGCUGGGCGAACGCAUUGCCUCCAUAAUCCGGGAAGGCGGAGCUCGCGGCUAUACAAACGCAGCCAAAUUCAUUGAAAAUAACAGGCCCUUUUUUACGUCAUUCCUCAACCGGGGCCCCUUUAAACCUACCACUCCAUCUCCACCCCAAGAAAAAUCCCAACCCAAAAGCGAGACUGAAACUUCCUCCGCAAUUCCUCCAACUACCACCCCAAUCGCAGCCCUCCACACGGCGGCGGCAGCUCUCUGCCUUGUCCCUGUUGAGCACUGGACCACAGAAACCCACAAGCAAAACAUAUCUUACCUUGUCGGCGAUUCCUCAUGCUCCACUCAUCUUGCUUCCUUUUCCCCUUCCUCACGUUCUUCCCCCACACAAACACAAACACCAUCAACACCAGCGUUCGCCUCCGAAAAGCAAUUCCGUAAAGACCUCUAUCACUAUCUCCGCUGGGCAUUAUGUGGUGGAGCGCCGGGAAUAAGCAUCCCAGCAACUAUGGCAAUAUUAGGCCGGGAUGAAUGUGUCCGGAGACUGCUGGAGGCGAAGGAAAUGACUACGCCUUUGCAGCACGAGAGUGAAAAUUUGGCUGGUGGACAGGGUGGAAAGCUCCAGGGAGUCGACAAAAUAAAGACUACUAAUAUCGUCGAUAAAAACCCCAUAAAAGUUAGCGAACUCGCGAAGGGAUAA